AUGCCCACGCGUCGGCGAUCGAGCAUUUCUAUAAGCGGCCGGCGCUUGAGUGGACAACGAGUUCACGCAGAGGCCUCACAACUGACGCUGAUGAGGGAAGAAACUCACACAGGUGAUCAUUUUCUUACACCAGCUCAACUGGAAGCCGUAUUCCGAACUAACCUUACCACGGGUCUCACUGAAGAGUUCGCACAAGAGUUACUGGAAUCACACGGUGAAAAUAAAUUGAAGGAACUAAGAGGAACAACUCAUUGGAAAAUUUUUCGUCAUAACUUAUUUGGAUGGUUUCAAUGCGUUCUUUGGUGCGGAGCUAUAUUAAAUUUUGUUGGAUACUUCUUUUCUGGCAACUCUGGCUCUGAUUCUGGACAUUCUGGAAAAGAAUAUUUGUACUUAGGGUGCGUUAUUACUGCAACUAUAGUUGGCACUGGACUUUUUGGUUUUUAUCAGGAAGCAAAAAAUAUGGCAGUCAUGAGUGGAUUUGAAAAAAUGAUACCACCAAAUGCUACAGUAAUAAGAGAGGGUUUUAAAAAAUCCAUACCAAAUAGUCAAGUAGUAUUGGGAGAUAUUGUUGAAAUGACGGCUGGUGAAAUAGUUCCUGCAGAUGUAAGAAUACUAUCUUGCACCAAUUUUAAGACCGACAUGUCAUCAUUAACAGGUGAAUCGGAACCAAUUAAACAUAGGCCAGAAUGUACUAAUACCAAUCCAUUAGAGUCAAAAAAUAUGGUAUUCUUCGGAUGUCCCGUUAAUGAAGGUAGUGCAAGAGGAAUUGUAGUGGCUACAGGAGAGGCAACUGAAAUGGGAAAAAUAGCUGGUUUAGUAACUGGUCUAGAAAAGGAUGAAACACCUAUAGCUAAAGAAAUAACUCAUUUUAUAAAGCUUAUUUGCGGUGUCGCUUUCACUUUUGGUAUAGUAUUUUUUAUUAUGGUGUAUAUGAUACAAAAAAGCUGGUUAGCUGCAUUACAAUAUAUGCUUGGUAUUAUAUUAGCAAAUGUCCCCGAAGGUCUAAUUGUGACAUUAACAGUGUGCAUGACUCUAUCAGCUAACAAUUUAAAACGAAAAAAUUGCCUUGCAAAAACUCUACAGGCCGUAGAAACGUUGGGGUCAACCUCUUGUAUUUGUUCGGAUAAAACGGGAACACUAACAGAAAACCAAAUGAAUGUUUCACAUCUCUUUUGUAACUAUACUAUUUACGAUAAAACAGACCAUUCGCAUGUUUCUGAUCAUGCAUAUGCAACAUUGAGCUUAGCUGCUUCUCUCAAUUUGAGGGCUACGUUUGCUCAUGAUACUUUAAAUUUACCCAUCGAAAAACGAAGGAUCAUUGGUGAUGCCUCAGAAUCUGCUAUUUUAAGGUAUAUGGAAAUUAAUAGGUCUGCUACGCAAACUAGACAGGAUAAUCCGAAGGAAGCAGAAAUACCUUUUAGCUCAGCUUAUAAGUACCAAGUUACAAUACAUAGAAUGCUUGCCACCCACAACAACUAUUUAAUAAUGAAAGGUGCACCGGAAAUCGUCUUGGAAUUUUGUGUAAAAGUGAUCACUGAUGAAGAGGAUCAGUAUUUAACCCCACAAAUAAAAAAAGAACUUAAAGCUAAUUUUACUAAAUUAGCUAAUAUGGGUGAACGUGUGAUUGGUUAUUGUGACUACCAGUUACCUUUGUCCGAGUACCCAUUAGGUUAUAAAUUUGAUACACAAGAACGUAAUUUCCCUUUAGAAAAUUUGAGGUUCUUGGGUGCAAUUUCUAUGAUUGAUCCACCUAGACAUAAUAUUGACCAAUCUAUUGGUCUUUGUCGUCAAGCAGGUAUUAAAGUAAUAAUGGUAACUGGAGAUCACCCAGUAACAGCAUUAGCAAUAUCAAGACAGUGCGGUACAAUAACAGAACCUACUGCAUAUGACUAUGCUUUUGAACAUCACAUUGAUCUAUCUGAUGUACCACCUCAUAUUAAGCAACAAUUUCGUGCCGCUGUCAUAACUGGUGACGAAUUACGGAAAAUGAGUACGCACGAUUUAAAAGCUUGUCAAAAGAAAUACAAAGAAAUAACAUUUGCUAGAACUAGUCCGCAACAAAAAUUAAUCAUUGUCGAAUCUUAUCAGUCUUUAGGCCACGUUGUUGCCGUGACAGGCGAUGGUGUAAACGAUUCACCCGCUUUAAAGAAAGCCGAUAUUGGAAUUGCAAUGGGAAUCACUGGAACAGAAGUAUCUAAACAGGCCGCUGAUAUGAUACUAAUGGACGAUAAUUUUGCAUCUAUCGUCCUAGGAAUACAGGAAGGUAGGCGCAUUUUCGAUAAUUUAAAGAAGACAAUAGCAUAUACACUUACGUCGAACACGCCUGAAAUGCUACCGUUUGUACUGUACGCGUGCUUAGGAAUGCCUUUACCCAUGACUCUUAUUAUGAUUUUGGUGAUCAAUGUUGGAACAGAUUUGUUACCGGCGAUGAGCCUCGCAUAUGAAACUUCGGAAUCUGAUAUAAUGAAUUUACCGCCUCGUAAGCUAACUGAUCACCUUGUGAAUAGAGUAUUGAUUUUUAUGGCAUAUUUUCAAAUUGGACUUAUUCAGUUCUUCGCUGGGAUGUAUUGCUACUUCGUAGUAUUUGCACAAAGCGGUUUCUUUCCUUCUAGCUUACUUUUUAUUCGUGACAAGUGGGAAACCAGCACAGCAACUAUUAAAGACACAGUAGGUCGUUCGUGGUUUUAUGCAGACCGAAAAAGGCUAGAAAGAAAGGCACAAACUGCGUACUUUGUUGCCGUGUGUUGGACACAGGUUUCUGAUCCAGAGCCAGAACACCGCCAAUCAAGUAAUUGCAUCGCGUGCAUCGACUUUUCGGCCCUCGAUAAUAAUAGGCAUUUUAUUGCCCCUAAUGGAGUCUCUAGGGCCAUAAACACGAAUACCCACAACUAUGAAGUUGUAAACGUGUUCGUCGCUAGAGCUUCAAUAGUGGUUGCUAUUAGAAAUAAGUACAAUAAUAGUCUAACGGACAAAGAUGAAACCCGGGACGGGUUAACCGUGGAAAUACUGAUACUUGAAUGUGCAGGGUCUCUGUGGGCUCCAGGAAAAGAGUGCUCUAGAAGCACCGCUGACUGGAUUGUGGUUGCAAUCGAAAGCGUUCCUACUGCACCUACUCUAUGGUUGGUUGGUUUUAGUCGGUACAAGUCCAACAAAGCCUACCCGUGUUGA